UUGGUCCUUCCCCUAGCUAAAACCUGUCCGGGUGAUCUUCUCCUGUUUGUUCUUGCCUGCUGGCCAGACUUUUUUUUUUGAAGCUACAGAAAAUGAAGAAGUUUUUCGAUGACUUUAAGAGAGACAUUAAAUUUAAAUCCGCGGGACCCGGGAAGAAACUAACGGAGGAAACCAGUACCAAGCCUGAGGUGGUACAAAGCAGCUCCAGUGCCAAGCACAAUCGCCAUGCCCCCAGUGAAGGAGCCCAGAGGGCUGGAGCUGCAGCCCUGGCCAGGAUUGAACAGCAGCACAAGCCGAAGGUGCACACCUCCCAGGACGCCAUUAGGAGUCAAGUAAAAAGAGAACUCGAGGCUGAGGCAGCUGCGCUUGCUGAAAAAGAAAAGACAGCCACAGUGGAGGGAUCCAAAGUGCCAGUGAAAGAGCCGUCCCUUCUCUCCGUAUCGGGCGUCUAUUUCACCUGUCCGCUAACUGGAGCCACGUUAACCAAGAGUGAGAGGGAAGUGCACAUUAAAGAGGCCAUUUUAAUGCGGUUUGAGGAAGAUGAAGUUGAGGCAUCGGUUAUGAUGAUACACACAUUUAACAAAGACAGGGAGAAAGUGAAGGCUGCUGUGGAGAUCAUAAGCAAAUAUGUUGAAAACAUUUGUAAGAACCCCACAGAGGAGAAAUACAGGAAGAUCAAACUCAGCAACAAGGUCUUCCAGGAGAAGGUUAAGUCUGUGGAGGGCAGUAGGGAGUUCCUGCAGGCUCUGGGCUUCACAAGCAUGAUGCUUCCCAUGGAGGGCCAAGAGGAUAAAGAGGAGUUCCUGGUGUUGCAAGAACAGAGUCCUGAUGCCCUGGAGCUGAUGAAGGAGAGGAGGGAUCGUCUUCAGAGGGGAGAGCCGGUCAGAGCACAGCUGGACAGGCAGCCUCAAGCUUUCGGGCCGUCUCCUAAUGCUCAACGCUUUGAGCUGCCGCCAGAGUUCUACAACCUGACAGCAGAGGAGCUCAAGAAGGAGCAACAGCAGAGGAGUGAUUUGGUUGAGAAGAAUGCCAUGCUGCGCACUAAAGCCAUGAGGGAGAAGGAGGAGCAGAGAGAGAGAAGGAAAUACAACUACACCCUGCUUAGGGUCAGACUGCCUGAUGGAAACCUGCUACAAGGGACAUUUUAUGCCUGGGACCGGCUGCCUGUGCUGUUUUCAUUCAUACGAGAGUCUCUGGUGGACGGCUGGCAGCCCUUUGAACUGAUUGCUCCUGGAGGUCAAAAACUACAAGAAUCUGAAGAUGUCGCUCUCGCAGAGUGCAACUUGGUCCCUGCUGCCCUGCUCACAUUUGCCUGGGAUGCAGCUGUGCAGGCUGAUAUUGCAGCUGCAGGUGGAAAGUGUCCAACGCUCCUCAAACCUGAACUGCUGGAAAACAUUCGGACCCUGAGCUGAGCAGACAUACUCGGUCCUGAACCCUCCCCUCUUUUCCCUCACAGUACUGGGGUGAAUUUGCCCCUUAACUAGUGACACAUUUAUUUUUUACAAACUAACUUAAGUCAGUAGCAGUGAUAGGUUAGGGGAAACUUCACCCUAAUGCAUUUGUUGUGCUGAGCAUAUCCUUCUCCCUCCCUGUGGGGAAAAGGUCACACUACAGCCUGGCUCAGCUGCACAUUGUGUUGAAGGAUGCACUGCUAAUAUAUAAGGAGAAAGUAAGGGACAUGUGGUUGGGGGUGUUUUCUCUCAUCACAUCCUGAAUGUACAUGCUGUGUAGUUAACAGACUGUGGCUGCAGUCUUUCCAGUUCUACCCAACAGUCAGGUAUAGUUUACAUGGCAUGUUGAGACCUUGUUUUAACUGUGUCACCACUUCCUCCCCUUUAGAAGAAAAAAUAUAGCAAAGACAGUUGAAGAUACUGUUGUUGAAUCAGAUCAGGCAUCUCAACUCGUACAGCAGCUCCUGUGAGCCGCUGGGUGUCAGUGCACUGGCUUUACUUAAGACUUGAAAUGUUGUGUGCUUUGUUUGGCAGUGUUCAAGAUUAGCUUGGUGUAGUCUGUUAACUGGGUUGAUAUGAUAUGAGUCUCAAAACAUGUAAGCUUCUGUUGCCCUUUUGUUCUCUGCUCUGGAGCUGCCUUGCACAACACUGUAUUUUGUUGUUGCUUCAGUAUGAACACAAGUCUAUAUCAAAAUUCAUAAAUCAAAGUUUUUCUGGGUAAUUUUGAUCAAAAACAGAAGGUGUCUUGGAUAAAAGAUGUCUAUAAACAUACAUAUAUAUAUAAAUUUAGUUUUAUAAGUGUGUCAGCCAUGUGCUGAUAUGAAGGCAGUUCUAUUAUUAGAAUAAAGGUUUUAAUAGUGUGUUAGACUGAAGGAUAAUUUAAAACUUUUUGAGUAGAGCGCCCUAAACAUCUCUAACAUUACAUUGUCCAUACUUAAAUGAUUAUUGGUUUAAUUUUAGAAUUAUGCUCAAGAUUUAUGUAUCCAACUUAGCUCUGGCAUGCAGAUAAUCCUUAAUUUAAUUUCUGGCAGCAUGGAUUUUUGUUGUAUUGAAAAUGGUGAUUUAAUUAUUCUUGUACUUGUUUGCAUCAAACAUUUUUUUAAACCACAUAAAGGGUCUACAAAUGUAUGAAAACGCCUCAUAGCAUCAACUGUCCGAAAUGAAUCCAGUGACAACUUCAAGUUGCAAAAGUCACUGAAGAUUCAAACUGUUUAUUCAAGCUGCAUACAUUUAUAAUGAAGUUUUGUUGCACAUGAAAAUGUACCAAGUAGAGCCGUAAAAGCAAAUUCCUUUCUCCUUGUAGUGGUUGGUUAGGAUGACAACAACCUACCUCUCACCAUUUACUCUAAUACAUCCCAAGGGAAUUGUACACAAAUACGUAACAGGCAUCAGUCUAAGGUUAGGCGGGAAGUGUCUUUUUAGCCUUUUAUGUUGCUAAUAAUUGUCAGUACCUUUAACACUGAACACACACUGGGUGAUGGGGAAACAAACUUAUGUCCACUAUUUCAUGCACAACCCAACAUAUACAAGGUCAUAAUCAGCCAAAAGCAACAUUUCUGCAGCCUACAAGCUUGUCAACAGGUAUUCCACAAAGGAAUGUAAAUCCUUCAUUAGCACCGUAACAGUAUGAAUAAUUAGUGAGCGGUUGUGAUCUGUUCAGAGUUGUUCUGUUGCUUUUUGAGCUGCCUGUAAUAAAGAUCGCUUGCUAAUCCUUUGAGUAUGUAUGGGGAAAAAAAAAAAUAAAGAUGUCUUUUGCA